AGGAAAUGUUAUGAAGAACCCAUUUCUAUGAAGCUAGCGAUCAUUAGGAAAACCUUUCGGAGGUAGGGGUCAUAAAUAAAAUUAGGGGAACUAAAUUGAAAUAGUGUAAACAUUUAAAACCCCGGUUCAAUAGCUCAAAUCCCUAAAACCUCAAAACCAAAUCUAUUUCACGGGUUUAUUUGGCGGUUCGUCGCUUCUCGGGUUUCAUCGUCUUUUAAAUAUUCACUCCAAGUUGUUGUACAUAUUACUUGACAUCAGAAACCCAAAAACCUCAUUCUCCACCAGCCCGGAUCACAGUCACUGGCGGAGCACCUGGAAAGAUGCCACACAGAACCCGACCAAUGACAGCUCUUUUGGUGUUCACAGGACUCAAUGCCAUUUUGUUCACUACUAUUUCUCCUGUUUAUGAUUUCGUUUGCUUCCUCCCUUACUGGGAAAGACGGCGAGAACGCCACCGUCAAGAACGCGAAGCUUCUCGACUAGCUAAAGGUUUUGGAUCAGGAUAGAGGAAUCAGACCUCUUGAUAGUAUGUUUUCUAAAUAAUAAUUUACUGUUAGUGCUACACAUGCAAAGACUCUGAAUAAACUUGUGUAUGCAAACUUCUUUCAUUUUGUCAUUUACAUGAAAGUGAUUGGAAAUGGAAUCAAACUUUGACAGAAAUACUGGAAAAUGGAUGAUCAACAAGUCAUUUCACUCAA